AAGUGCUCCAAACCACAUUCGUUAUGGAAUGACGAGUUGGCAAGUGUUAUCAGUGUAUUAUUUUGCGGUAUUUGUGUGAAUUGCUAAAAUAAUUAUGCGCCUUUGAACAAUAUACACAUGUGUUUUGAAAUAAUUAAACAAUAGGAAAGUGCUAGUUCCUUCAAAAAUGUCACAUCAAAACUUACUGGACAUAGUUCCCGAUCAACUAUUUCAGACCCAUUUUAUUGGUGAUAUAGAUCAAGUCCAGAAGAAAUUGCAGUAUGAAAUCGAAAGGAAAAGAGAAGAACUGCGGGCUAUGGUUGGUGAAAGAUACCGAGACCUCAUCCAUGCAGCAGAUACAAUUGAAGAGAUGAAGGUGACAUCAGCAAGCACUCUAAACCAUAUUGAAGAAAUGAUGACGGCCUGCAGAAAACUGCAUGAUACUCAUCUUAUUGGAUUUAGGAUUGAUGACAAACCUACACAGUCACAAAGUUUCCAGUUGAGCUCAAACCCAGCACAUGGAAUAUCAGUCCAAGUAAAACUGCUGAUGGAGAUACCUGAGAAGAUAUGGAUGUGCAUUGAGGCAGAAGACUUUGUUAAGGCCACACAACUGUUUAUCAUGGCGAGACAUGUCAACACAGGUCUACAACUGCAAAUCGGCGGCAAGAAUGUGAAACCAGGCUUCCAGUCGUUACAGAGACUGGUUCAGCAACAGUGGAACUCCAUAUCCAACUUUAAUCAAACUAUAAUAAACGUCUGCAGAGAUAAAUUGCAAGAUGUUGAUAUUACUGUUGAGGCAGCCAGUUCCUGCUUAAUUAGUCUUUACCUUAUCGACUCUCAAACUAUGGUGGAACUCCUAAACUCUUUGAUAGCCUUACAAAGCAACAGCAGCCUCAAAUCUACCUUACAGUUUGACCUUACAAAGAUAAUAGAGGGAGACGUAAAAGCUAAGAUUAAGGAGAAAAUAGUCAAUGGAGUGAAAAUUGUGUUGAAAACUGUUGUGUUGGUCUAUGCUUGUUUUGUUGACAACGACGGAGGUGCUGUGCUAGCAAAAUUAAAGAACUUAUUUAGAAAAGAUUCGCAGCCAUUAGUAGAUUUAGUGCACUUUAGUGACCCAGCUGCUUUAAAACUUCUACCGUCUGUUAUUUCUAAUUAUAGAUUAACAUCCAACAAAGAAGUGGAAGCACUACCAAAAGAGGUCAUAACGAAAUGCGUCCAGAAAUGGAGUGUCUGGGUGAAGUCGUUCAUAGAUGACAAUGUCCAAACUUUAUUGCAAAAUAUCACCAGAGUCAAAGUAUUGCAUGAAAUUAGAGAAGAGGCUUUUAAAAUAGAAACACCACCGAAUUGGACAGCAAUAUGCUCUUCAUUAGACAUACCAGAAGUCCAUGUAUGGUGCCACUACUUCCAACCACUUCUGACGUCUCGAGUCAAGACUAUAGUAGACAACCGUUGGCUCAAAAUCUAUGAUUCGUUCAAGACUCAGAUACUCACGGAUUUGACUAGAGUCUCCUCUGAAAGUGAGAUGGAGAAGGAAUUUGAUAUAAACUGGUUUGUGUGGAAAGAUUUGAUUGGCGAAACUGUUAUCGAGUCCAGAAGUGAUGUCGUUAAAGUCAUGAAUUCGCUUAUGAAAGGUAUGUCUCGACAAGACCGAGGGUUUACUCCAAACCUAGAAAAGCUCUGUCAGACGCUAGACAAUGAACUGCAGAAGUUGUUAGAAGACUUGAAAGUCUACCUGUACCAAGACAAGAAGACGAGUAGCAAGCUGAUCUUCGCCUAUGAUGAAGACGAUGAUAGCGAUCAAAUCUACAGCGACAAAGGAGAUAUAGAGCAGUAUUUGAGGCAUAUAUCCGGCAAGAACAUUCAGAGCAUGCUUCAAUACAUCAAAGCCUGCUUUGACGAGCCAACUUUUCAAUCCACUGAUCUCCAGAAGAAGACCACAUCUAUAUACACAGCAAGAUUCACACAAGCAACUAUUGUCCUAAUGCCUAAUCUACGCAAGUGCUACAUUCCCGAAAAUUACAAUCACAUAGGCAUGAUUCAUAUUGAGGAAAAUGCUUUGAAAAGUUGGAAUGACAUUUGCGCUGUUUUGAAGGAACAUUGCUUGUUUUGUUGGGGCAAAUGGGUGGCUAUUGUGGUCGAAAAAGUUGUCGAGUUGACUAAAUGUCUUCCUCAAGAGUUUACUUUAGAAGCUAAUGUGGACUACUUGAUGAUGCAAUGGGAUGUCAUUAAAAUAGAAGAGAAAGACGAAGAAGGUAAAGUAAUAGAAUCCACCAUAAAAGUACCAGCCGGUCCUUCUUUGAAACUUCAAGAAUACUUAUAUUCUGUCAGUCGAAUACUAGACGAAGUCGUACCUCACACGCUACCCAUAGAAAUCCACACAUCUUUCAUCGAAAAAGUUACUGCUAUCACUUUCGAACAUUACAACAGAGUCAUAAGAGAAAAGGACACGGAUAUAAACCAAAGAUGCGCGCUUCAGUUGCUAAUGGAUAUUCGACAUUUGACUUUGCUAUUGGUACCUCGAGAAAAUAAGAAGUCUAUGGAAUUUUCUUCGGAGAUUUGCGAGUUUUUGAGGCAGAAGAUUGAUCCGUUUGAUUAUGAUGUCUUCUAUCCGUAUAUUCAAACUAAUUUGAAGAGAUCUGUCCAAAGAGUUCAGACACUCCUAGGCAGCCUGAUCCUCCAUCACGGCCAAUUGACCGGCAUUAUUGGGACCAAGCCAGUACUAUCCGGCGGGAGUGGGGAUAAAGCGGCUACUGUACUCGCAACGGGCGAUUCCCAUUGGUUCUCGUUACUGCCCGUAGCAGCGCCACCUAGCGCUUUAAAGAAGCAGGAUAAACCGACAAAGAAAAAGCCGGUAUCAUCAGCGAGUCCCAACAAGUCCAAGUCAGAUAUAUCAGAACUGAUGACCAGCUCCCUGCCUAUCAACUUCGCCAACGCUCGAUCUGGUGCCGCGUCGUUCUUCAACUCCAUGACCAGCGAUUGGUUUAGCGGUUCUUAGUAACAAAAAGGUAACGAGGGUCUUGUCAGGCUACUUUCCUCAAUAAAUAUGGAUGGCGCUGUCCAGAUAUUAACGUCAUUAUUACCGAUUUUCUCGUUACCCUGGUACAUAAUUAUUCAAAAAUAUAAUGUAAUUGAGGAGCUCGGUGUCGCAGCGGUAAACGCGCUCGGUCUGCGAUUAUUGAAGUUAAGCAACUUUCGCAAAGGCCGGUCAUAGGAUGGGUGACCACAAAAAAAAGUUUUCAUCUCGAGCUCCUCCGUGCUUCGGAAGGCACGUUAAGCCGUUGGUCCCGGCUGCAUUAGCAGUCGUUAAUAACCGCCAAUCCGCACUGGGCCCGCGUGAUGAUUUAAGGCCCGAUCUCCCUAUCCAUCCAUAGGGAAGGCCCGUGCCCCUGCAGUGGGGACGUUAAUGGGCUGAUGAUGAUGAUGAUGAUGAUGAUGAUGAUGAUAAUAAUGUAAUAAAUAGAGUCAUAUAUAAAAAUGAUGUGGUAUAGUAUUAUGUUGCUACCUACAUUACUUCUCUUUAUAUUGAUCAGAAUAACAAGGGGGGUAUAAUACAUUUAUACCCCCUUGUCUGUUGAUCAUAUUGAUCCAUGAAAAUAGAAGGUUAAACGAAGGCAAAUUUGGACAGCGCUUCUAUAUUAUUUUUUUUGGGAACGUAACCUAGAAAGUCCUUUAUUGGGUAUCCUAGGUCAAAAAUAACAUAUAAAAUUCUAAUUAUGUUAUAUAAGGCUUUACUAAAUAAAGACAGA